AUGUUGAGGAAACGAAAUGUUCAACAAUUGCGAAGUCUCAUCGCUGAACUGACACUAGGCCACGAUCUAUCAAAGAUCCGCCGGAAAAACUUGCGAAGUGCCACGCGAACUUUGCUCGUCAUCAUCUCCGCCUAUCUGAUCUCCAAUCUUCUCAGCUUAAUCAUCAUCAUCACCGAAUAUGUGGAUCACGAUUUUUUGCACAAAAAUCAUCCGGAUUUGAAUCGCAUCGCUCUGGAUUCGGCGGCCCUGCUGACUGUUGUUGGAAAUGCGAUUCGAUGUCCCGCGCAUAUUUAUAGCAACAGUGAGAUUCGAACACAAUUCCGAAUUUUGAUAUGCGGUGAGGAGAGGAAAAAGGUGAGUGGUUCGAGUGUUUUUUUUUGCAGAGUGGGGAAAUUGAAGUGGUUUAGUAUAGUUGGAUAUGUCAGAUGAUUUUUUGUGGAGCAGAGUAAAAAAUAUGAAAAAGGGAGCAAAUAUCAAGUCGGGGGAACAUUUUUGAACCAGGAAAUUCGAAAAAAAAAAUAGAAAUUCAAUUUUUUUCCAAUUUUUCAAGGAGAUGUGCCUAGAGAGCUUGGUUUCCAAGUAGUCGCGCUUAGAGAGCAGAAUUGUCUAGAGGCCACAACUAGAGAUUGACUCUGGCAAGCAGCUGAGCCUAUAAACCCCAUUUUUCAAGCAGUCGCGCCUAGAAGUCCUAAUUUUCAAGCAGCAGCGUCUUGAGAGCCUAGUUCUGAAGCUGCAGAGCCUACAAACACUAGUUGUCAAGCAGAUGAGCCUACAACCCCUAGUUGUCAAGAAGUCAAGUCUAGAAAUUCUAGUUUUCAAGAAGCCGCGCCUACAAACCCCAGUUCUCAAGUAACCGCGCCAUGAGAGCCUAGCUAUCAAAGAUUCGAGCCUUGAGAGCCUAGUUCACAAGUAGGCUCACCUGCAACCCCCAGUUCUCAAGCAGCCGCGCCUUGAGCGCCUCUAUGCGAAGCAGCUGAGCCUACAACCCCUAAUUGUCAAGUAGCCGCGCCUAGAAAACCUAGUUUUCAAGGAUCAGCGCCUACAAACCCCAGUUCUCAAGCAGUCGGGCCUAGAGAACCUAAUUGUCUAGAGCCCACAUCUAGAGAUUCACUCUGACAAGGAUCUGCCCCUAGAGAGCCUAGUUCUCAAGCAUUCGAUCCUAGUUCCCCCCUCAAACCUUCAAACUUCCAGGAAAUCAAACGAAGUUCCUCCCAAGAACGUCUCGACAAUCCAUGGAUGACAUUGAUGUGGGUUUCAGCCAACAAACAAUGUUCGGACGAUGAAAAGGCCGCAUUUAUGCCAAAAGCCCUAAUGAAACGACACUCCGCAAUUGCGAUUGUAUGA